AUGAAUUUAAGUUCAACAAGCAGUCUUGUUGCAUUUGUAGCAAUAGUAUUUGCUGCUAAAUUUUUGAGAGCAGACGAAGUAACUUAUUUCAACACAAAGUUUUUGGAUUUCAUCGAAAAUAUUAACAAAGCGGAAAGAUUUGAUAGCGUUUUUCUCCUCAAAUCAUCCAAAGAAUCUCAUUUUGACGACAGUAACUUCAUUCGUGAUAUUACAACUUCACUUAAUAUUCCGUUGAUUUUGGCAACUGACAUUUCUUCAUUUUACUUAAAACAAUAUUUCAAUGAAAAUCUCCUAAUUAUUGUUCAAUUUGAUUCUAGUGAUUUACUUUUUCAGCGACUUUUAGAAGAUCUUCAGCACCUUCGAUUCUGUAAGACGAUUUUUGUUCUAAAAAAUUCUUCAAGAAAUACUUCGGACUUAAAAAGAAUCUUCAAUUUCUGCUGGAAGAAUGGAAUGAUUAAUGUUGUAGCAGUUUAUCAAGAUUUCGGAAUUUCUUCAAUGACCUACUACAGUUGUAGAAAUUUUGGAGGUUUUAAAAUUGAAGAAUUUAUCUGGCGAAAAAAUGUUAGUGUUUUUCCUGAUCAAAUGGGUGACCUUCAUGGACAAACACUGUCAGUUAGGUUCGGUGGACCGGAGCCAGCAGUAAUAAUGUCAGAAAACUCUAAUAAAGAUACAAAGAUUGGUGGUUAUGUGGGACAUAUUCUCCAAACUUUUGCUAAGAGGCACAAUGCCAAAAUAAACACUUGGAAUAUAUAUAAUUGGCAUACGUCUUAUGAAAUUUUGGAACUAGCUUUAAAUGGUACCAUCGAGAUAGCAGGUACACACCAAGUCGUUGCAGAUGAGGCAUUGAAAUGGUUUUCGUAUCCCUAUUUAGUGAUUCAUUGGGGUAUGAUGGUGCCUGUGGAAUCAAAUAUUCCUAUUUAUAAAGUGUUUGCCUUUGUUUUCCAUUGGGAAGCCCUUGUUGUAACAAUCAUUAUAUUUAUUUUGCUAUCAGUAAUUCUUAAAGCAGCUGCGACAUUCUCAAGACCACAUCAGAAUUACUUCAAAGUCGAUUUCAUAUUCAACAUUGAUUGUUUUCGUGGAAUACUUGGUCAGUCAAUAACUGAAACACCAAACGCUUCUUUCACUACAAAAGUUAUCUAUUUGCUGAUAUUUUUGCUUGGAAUUAUAAUUGUUACCUCGUACGAUGCCUUUCUUCAGUCCUUUAUGACUCAACCUCCAAGAGAAAAAAUGAUAAAAUCAUUUGAUGACAUUCAAUCAUCGAGUUUAAAAAUCUACACAUUAAAAGUUGAUAUCGAAAAGUGGAUUGCUGGAUUUUUGGAUAAAGAGAACUUUUUACGAAAUGAUUGA